AUGAACCCACCCGCCGAAUCUCUUCCCAUACAGGCGGUACAGCUGCAGAUGAUGGCCGUGCCAAAUGGGUAUCCAGUCGAUGAGGAACGAAGUAUCGCGAGCGGUCUCACUCUCGUCGGAGCUCCUGCGUCAGUCGCAUCCACCACAUCCACCACGUCCACGCGCCGCACCCUCAAACCUCGCAUCGCGGUCCCCACUUCGAAACAGUUGACCGACCUCUGGUGGAAGUGCGUCCUCGGCGUCUGCAUGGUUGGCAUACUAGGCGGUCUUGGUUACUUGGUCUUCCUCUUCUUCAAGUGGAUGAAGACCAAAUCAGAGCAGGGGUGA